AGCUGUUAAAUACACUCAUUAUUAAAGCCAUAAAGUUGUCUGCCUGUUACCUUAGAAUCUCCAUUGAAUAAGUGUGAAAAUGUUUAGGCUAGAAUCUCGGCUUAUUCUAUGUUGAUUGAUGUAGCCAGUGUGUGUGUUUCUGUGCAUUGGGCUUGUUGAUACCCUUGUUACUAUCGUAAACUAAAACAAACAAAAACUGACACUAAAUAACAAACUGCCAACAUCUCCAUUUUUAAAAAGAUGUUGUGCCCUAUUUCCCAAAGGCGCAAAGUGUGACGCAAAGUGGUUUUGCUAGUUUUGUACCUGUGCAUUGCUUAUUUUCAUGCCAUGCAUGUCGUCAAAAUAGCAAAUGAUUUUGCGCCCACUUUCCGCUCGUUUUUUUUUAGAGAACAAACUACCAUUAAGCAAAUCUUUCAAGUUCAUCAUCAGAAUUAAGCAAGUACUGUAAUUGAAAAGACAUUUGGAUUGGUGAAAAUAUUUAGAUAAGUUAGGUGGAACAUUACAAUGCAGCCCUCAGAAGGUCGCAGCAUUCUUUGUGGCAUGUUGUGUGUUGUGUAACAUUGUCAUGCAUGAUGGAUGUCUGAUGGACAUAAAUGAGGACACAUUAGAGAACUUGAUUAAGUGAUGCUGAACUGCAUGUGCCGAUGCCAAAAAAGGAGUGUAUGCUGGCGGCAGUGUGGGCAAGGAGGGAUUAGCAGGCAGAAAAGCUGAAUCAUCUGUAGCCUGGUAAGGAAUUUAAAUUGUGAGAUGUGGAACAAUAACAGCCCUAUUGCCUUUUAUUUGAAUAUUUUAAAACACCUUAAAAACUGUAGGUUGUGUUUUGUUUGAAUAAAGAUUGCACUUUCAUUUUGCGAACUGCUGACCCAAAAUGAAAAUAAAAAAACACACAAGCAUAAUUAAGUCCCCAUUUCCAGUCACUGCUCUCCUUCAGCAGUCAACUUCUGUCUCCCCCAUGUUCUGAUAUCAUUAUAUUGCUUUUGGCAUGCCACCGAUAUGACCCUGAAGGUUGUCGAGGGUUGUGUUGGUGUUGCCAGUGUUCCCAGAAGGAGGUGUUUCAUCUUGCACAAUACCCUGGAUAUUAUCAAGAGGAGUCACAGCGCACGACUUGGUGGCAACUCCAGUCUGUACCGGGAACUGAGGAGGACGAGUGUCAGGGCUCUGGAAGCAGAUAAGUGUCACAAGUGUGCGCACUCCGGGUGCGCCUCAGGGGAGGCGACGGACGAGACGAGGGACACGGGACCUGAAAAACAAGACCAAAAACAAGCCACGGCAGGCGAUGGCACAGCCGGAGCCGGGGAAGGCGCCUUCCGAUACCAAGCCGAAGCAGGGGGACCCAGAGGCGACGACGAAGGGUCCGCAGGCGGGCGACGAGGCACCGGAGGGGGACCCGGAGACGACAGCCUAGCCGGAGCCGCAGGACCCACAGGCAGCCACCGAGCCACGGCCAGGGGAUGCAUGGGCGAGCCAGGGGGCAGGGUGGGAGGGACCCGGCCCCUGCGUCUAUGUCCUCUCCCUCAGUCGGGGACAGUCGGGGACCUGGUCUGGCUCCACCACACUGGGGUGAUGGCGGAGGAGUCCCUCUAGCCCCAGAGUUUUUGGGGCCCAAGAGGUAGAUCCCCGAGGGGUCCCGUUGCAGCUCCUCCUCCGAUUCCACUAUGGAGGGAGGAGCAGGAGGCAGAGGCCUGGGAGCUUUGGGCGGAGCAGAGACUGGCGGAGCAGAGAUGGGCGGAGCAGCCGGAACCUCAGAUGGUGUGGGCAGAGCCGGGACAGGGGGAGUAGCCGGCAUCGGGACCUCAGGUGAGACUUCUGCAGGCAGGUGGGCUGCGAGUGAAACAGGAGCCUCAGGCAUAACCAGAGGCGGUGCAGCAGACUCUAGACCAGCAGAAGGCGCUGACGAGACAGGCAGGGCAGGCAGGACGGGCAAGGCAGACAGGACGGGCACCACAGGCGGGACCUCUGGCAUAGCAGCUGCAGGCGGAGGCGGCGCCGAGACCUCAGGCGGAGCUGUAGGCGGGGGCGGUGCCGAGACCUCAGGCGGAGCUGCAGACACCGCCGACUCGUGGCCAGCCUUGGGUGCCGCAGCCGUAGGCGCAGCAGGGGCCUUGCGAGCAGCCGGAGGUGCAGCCCAGUCAGGCGAGCUUGGCAGGAUGAGCAGGACGGGCGAGUUGGGCUGGACGGGCUGGCAGGCGUCGAGCGCAGGCGACACCGCAGGGGAGACAGCCACAGUAGGCGGAGUAGCGGGGGCCUUGUGCGUGGCAGCAGGAGGCGCAGCAGGUGUCGCCGCUGGAACCGCCAACUCUAGACCAGCAGGGGGUGCUGUGGUGGCUGGAGCCUCGCUGGGGACCUCGGCGGCUGCCGGGACAGGCAAGACAGGUGGAUCAGGGAUGGGAGCCAGGGUUGGCGCCUCACGUGCAGGUGGUGCCCCCUUAAGGGCCCGCGGGACACGCGCGAUAGCGUCCCAAACCGCGCUGGCCCCUUUAAGAGCCAGCCGCGUUCCCUGAAAGGGGGAAGUUGCCGGUGAAGGCACCUUCGCAGCGAGGGUGAUGUCCGGGGUGAUCUGGGAUUUCCCCCGAUCACUUCUCGGGAGAGAAGUUGCCAAGAGAGAGCAAGUGCCCAAGGCGAUUGUCGGGACUUCCUCUGGUCUCUCCUUCGGCUUCUUCUUCUCCAUGACCGCUGCGUCCAUCGAUGAUUUCUCCAGAUUACGGUAAUUUAUGAGAGUUUCCCGAUCAUACACGCAGAGGUGCGUGUUACACAAUGAAACAUCAGUAGGACGCCGACAAUAACAUGAAACAUUUAGCACUGAAUUCGGGUUGCAUGGAGAGGCCGCUAUGCAUACGCCUGCUUGCGCCGCCAUCUCUGUGGUGUCUCUUGCUAUGAAGUCAGCAGAUGCAUUGGAAGAGCAUGGGGGGUCAUGAAGUCGCUGGAAAGGGGUGUGUGACGCUCCCAAUAUCUUUGCAAGAGGA